AUGUGGCUAGUGAAGAUCCGGCGAGAUGAGCGAACCGAUGUGGCCAACGAUCACCCGGAAUACUUCAAAGUGACGGAUUCUACCAAAAUAUGUUCUGCCCAUUUCAAACCGGAAGAUUACUGCCCCGGAGAUCGAAAGCGUGCAGAUAAGAAGACUGAUAUAUCGAGGAGAAAUUUAAACCGGAGAGCAAAAGUUUUUCCUUCAAUAUUUGCUUGGACAGACAGCAACAAGCCGAAGCGGAAGGAGCCUGCAGUUCGUUCUGCACCGCCACCAGCCACGCGCAAGAAGGUCGAGACGAAGAUCGUGGAGGAGAGCCCAGUAGCUGCAUGCGGUGGCAGCGAGGACGACGUUCUCACUUUGCCAGGUGAGAGCAGCAGUACGCUCGUGGGAGACAGCAGUGGCGGUGUGAGCAGGGGGGUGUGUGAGGCGGAUCACGAUUGCUCGUGCUUCAAAAAGCUCCAGGACAAGCUCGAGCUAGCUGACGCGAAGCUAGAGGAGCUGCAAACUAGGUACGAUGCGCUGGAGCAGGAGAAGUACUUUUCUAACCCUACGCAUCCAAGUGCCAUGUCAUAUGACCGCAUCAAACAGGACCACCAUUUGGUGAACUAUUACAGCGGGUUUAGCUCAGCCCUAAUGUUUAUGGCAUGCUUCAACUUCCUGCACCAAGCGGCCCAGUCUAUGAGGUUGUGGAAGGGUUCGGCGUCUGCUCCAGAGGACCGAUCUCAAGAAGGCCAGAAGCGUGGCCCGAAGCCAAAGCUAUCUCUCGUUGACCAAUUCUUGCUGGUCACGAUGCGCCUUCGCCUUGGACUCGGCGAAGUUGACCUGGCGUUCCGCUUCGAGAUCUCGCAGUCCACUGUGUCCCGUCUCGUAACAUCAUGGGUCUCUCUAAUGUACCAUAAGUUUAAGCAGCUACCUGUCUGGUUGCCGAGGCGGACAGUGAAUUCACUGAUGCCACCCUGCUUCAAGGUCUGGUACCCCACGACUAGAGUAGUUAUUGACUGCACUGAGUUCUUCAUCCAAACACCUACCUCUCUGGCCCGUCAAUCCGCUACCUGGUCUAAUUACAAGAGCCACAAUACAGUGAAGGUUCUCAUCGGCAUCGCACCGCAUGGCCAUGUGACUUUUGUCUCUGAUGCCUACGAAGGGUCAAUCUCGGACAAGGCCAUCACCGAGAGCAGUGGUCUGAUCACCCUCCUGGAAGCUGGUGAUUCAGUCAUGGCGGACAAGGGCUUUGAGAUAAAGGACUUGCUCCUGGAUGUUGGUGUUCGCUUGAACAUUCCCCCGUUCAAGUCUGGUGACCGGCAGAUGGCCCCGGAAGACCUCCUGGCCACUAAAAAGAUAGCGGCAGUACGAAUUCAUGUCGAACGGAAAAUGCAACGAAUCAAGGCGUACAAGAUUCUGGCUGGCAACAUAGAGAACACAUUGUUUGACCACAUACACACUCUGGUCUUUGUCUGUGCUAUGCUGACAAACUUUGAAGGUGCCCUUGUAGCUUAG